AUGGACACCCAACUAGAAAGCUCGUCAUUUACAGAAAAGCCGUCGCUAUUUGAGUUGUUUGCUCAGGAGGAGCUAACAGAUUUGCUGCAACCGGCGGUGAAAUACGUCCUAUCGAUAUUAGCAACACGCUAUCCACGCUAUUUGAUCAGAUUGGUGAAUCGGCAUGAGGAGCUGUAUGCCCUGGUGAUGCUCGUCGUUGAAUCGCACUAUCUGCGCACUGAGAACGCCUCUUUCACUGAAUCCUUCUACGGCCUUAAAAGGCGCAAUAGACCGGCGUUCGAAUUGAGCCAAUCGGCGGCGUAUCUUGACAAGCACCACCAGUCUUUCGAUAAACUUAGCAGAGGCCAGAUAUAUGGAUCGCUGGCUUUCCUGGUUGGUGUACCCUAUCUGCGUGCCAAAGGGAAGGAGUUGUAUGAUAUCUGGGGUGGAAACGAACCGAGCGAGCUGUUCAGAGACGAGACGAGGCAAGCACGGCAAGAGCACUCAUUCAAGACAUUAUUCAAGAAGGUUUAUCCAUACGCCAACCUCGCGUUGGAGAGUGCGCUGCUGAGCUACAAUGUUCGCUACAUGUUCAACUCCACGCCCUUCUACCGUCCUUGGCUGGCGUGGAUGAAUGUCGAUAUACGCCGUCAAACUAUGAGCGAUCUGCUACAUAUACAAAAAUCAACUAAACAAACCUCCCUUAUACGCAGGCUACCAAGUUUGCUACUAUCAUCUCUCAAAACAGCCCUGCCAGUGACGCUAUUCAUAUUAAAGUUCCUGCAGUGGUGGUAUUCCAACCAGUCGCCACGAUUACAGCGCGAAGAGGAGAAGAAAGCGAACAAGACAAGAAUACCACCACCUGGCAAGUUGUCAAAACACCCCGAAUCGACCAUCGACGAUGAACAUAUCAAAUUUGGCAUCGAUCCACUUACAGGAUCACCGCUCGAGAAUCCAACGCUUGUACCUACUGGCUACGUGUACAGCUUCAAGAGUAUUUUCGAGUAUGUGGACAAACAUAGUUGCUGUCCCGUCACACUCAAGCCUGUAAAAAUCACACAGCUGCGCAAGAUUCUGCUGUAA